AUGGAAAAGAGCUUGCAGGAUUUUUUAAUCGAAAAGAGAAAUGUUACCCAAAAUGGGGUCCCCAAUAUGGUCCUAAGUAUAUCCCCCAAUGCUACGCCAAGCAUCACGCAGGAACAAUUUAACAUGAUCAUGUGUAGCAUAAAAAGGAAAGACAAAAAUGACCAGCUACAAACUGCACCACAGAUGGAGGCCCAACAGAACGUAGAAAAUUAUUACCCAAUAAUGGACGAGGAACAUGGUAUGCAUAACCACACCGGAAUGAAUUACAUAGAGAAUAAAAUUGUAAGAAGUGGAGAUGCCCUGGAGAAGACACAUUUUCCCCUAUAUGUUCAGACUUACCCCAAGGAAAACCAACUCCAUGCAGCGCAAAAUAAUGUCAUACAUCCACUGCAGGAAUUACUUCCACCCACUCCACUCCAAUCGAAUAUAAGAACGAAACAGCUAAAUAAAAAAAGUGACCACUGUUACUGUAGUGUCGGAGAUGACGUGGGGGUGAACUCCCCAUCAGAUCAGGGAAACAAUUUAAUCAUGAUGCACGGAAAGAAUAAAGUUGAUUUCAUCUCCCCCCACGCAGACGUCCAAAGAAUGAAGAACCCCCAAGUGGGACAUGUACAAAAUUACUUCGACCAAAGUAGCACCAAUUACAGCGCGAUACAACUUGAACAUUUUCACAAGACCCAUAAACUGAACCAUUGUAAUAACCAAAUGGAAAAUGGUGCAAAGGAGGAGGUGCAUUUUGGGGUGGUUAAUGGAGACUUCCUGCCAUCGGUUCGCUCCUUUAUCGUGGACGGUGUGCCUAAGAUUGACCACGUGAUGAAUCAUAACCAGGGGGAAAUCAACAUAGGAAGCGGUGCAGACACCGAUCCACGUAAAGGUGUAGAACGCAGCUUCUGCACAAAUACGCAUGCAGACGGAGCAAUGACAAACAACCUUGGAGGUAGCCCACCCAGCCGACUAUUCAACCACGCAAGGAACAACGCAAACGAUUAUGACACCACACACCCGGAAAUAAAUUUCAUGAAUGAAAAAGAACAAGAGGUGCUAAACGAGGGGACGAUGCCCACAGAUGAACUCACAAGCAACAUACACUUGGACCCUCCACAGGACCACCACAAAAAUAGGGACCUGCUAAAUAUACAAAAUGUGUGUAAUCUAAAUAGAGAUAAAACCGUCAUCCAGAGAUGCGACUCUCGAGUGAGUAACCAACCAAACAACGAAGAUAGACACACGAACCGUAACUAUAAGAAUGUGUUUCCUGAACAGGAGGGAAACAUCUUUGGCAUAUAUUCCAACUGCUCCCUCGUUAGAAGGGAAAAUAUACCCGUCUACGGUGGUGGAGUUGAGGGCGCCAGCGAAAUGGAGCAAACACACCAGGUGAUCCACACAAAUAACCCACCAACGAGAAAGGAGAUCACCCACCCAAACGAAAUGAUCAUCCCCAACCAGCAACCGACCAAUUGUGUCAUCCACCAAAGUUGCGAGAAAAUGCCUCAUUUGAACAACCCAGGGAAACAAAUUAGUCUGCAGAAUGCUAUGAGUCUAUUAGACGACUACAUAAGCAAAACGAAAAUAAACAAGAUGCUCCUCCCUAGCAGGGAAAGCUCCUCAGGAGGUAUCAACGUCCAAACUGAGAUGAAUACCCCAGCAGGAACAAUUCAAAACGAACUCAGCCAGGGGCGGUAUGUGAACCCUAAUUGGAGCGAACAACCAUUUGUGCACAAUAACAACCAAGUGAACAAAUCGAAUCACCUCAACGGAAUAGACAUGGAAAAGGUAGGAAGAGACCUCCACAGGGAUGAUUUCCCACUGGUCGAUAAAGGGACAAAUAUACCACAUGAUACAUUGCUCCGUUUUGGCAGUGCCAAGUACAGAGACCUACACAACCGUAUAGACGAAUCGAAAGGGGACAAAUGCAUAGGAAGUUUAAAUGUAAAUACUGCGGGGAUAGGAAACUGCGCUAACAAUGUCAUUAACGGGGGGGAGACUACUUAUGGUAAAAAAUUUGAAGCUUACACGAACGCAAAUAUUACCACGAUGGGAAAUAUUUUAACGCAGAAAAGUUGUACUGUAACUGCAAACACAGAAUUUGAACCCCACUGUAAUGAGGACCAUCUAGUCACCAACAUAGAUCUGAGAAACGACAAACAGAAUAACUCAAUCGUGAGCACAAUGGAGGACAAGUCCAAAUGGCUAGUCAGCCUGUGCAGAAGAACGAACAAUUUUAACGUAGGAAACUCCAUCACCCUUAAUGAACACGUAAUGAGUACAAGUAGGCUCCUCAAUCAGAACGACAAAACGAAGCUGCUCAGUGGUGGAAGAGUCCAAACGGGUGAUAUCCCUUGUAGCCAUUCGGAGGAAGGAGGGGGGAUGCUUCUAGACGAGGUUAACAGAAUUGGGGCCUUCUCCCCUGAGGGGUACUUCCUUGACAGUACGCAGGAGAGGGGGAAUAGCUCCCACAUCGAGAGCAACGGGAACAACUACGUCCCCAUGGUAAUCCCACACCAUGCCGCCUCCAACCCAGCCAAUUUUCUCAGUUCUGCAAACAAAAGUAAAGAGGGAAUGGCACCCCUAUCCCUGAUGCUACAACAGAAUAAACAGCAUAGUAUAUGCCAUAGUGUACAGCUAAACCAGGGUGAAGAACACCACACCAGAUGUACUUCCAACGGUCCUCCUCACCACCACAACCACAGCAAUGGAAAUCAUAGUCUGGACAUUUUUACGAACAAUUCUGCAAACUACGCAAUUGAAAAAAUGGGGAAAAAGGCCCUUCCGUUUGAUGCCCCGAUGUGCAAUAUGGAUAAUUCCAAACAGGUGAACCUUCUGAACCCAAUUAAGCAAAUCAUGCAGCCUAUGACAGUGUUCCAGUUUGACCACCACGGGGGGGCAUGUAAUGGGACCAUUUGGAGGGAGCUCCUGGGUUUUCGAAGAGGUGCAAUGGAUUUAGCAGUGGACUCCCCAAUUGGGAACAUCACAGGGGGAGGCGCCUACCCAAGUGACGGGAAAAACGACAACCAUUACGAUGACUACCAUGGUGAAGGAUAUACCAGUGGCUACCCAGAACGGCACACCGACACAAGGAGAACAACCGUGGGAGACGUCCCCCCAGGGAGCAAACUGGAAAUCAUAAUACAAAACAUACGAUACUACAGCAACAAAAUAUUCAAUGAUGUAUUCAUGAACAACGACGCUUUAAAAAAAAAAAAACUGACCGAACUGAAUCUCUAUUUAGCCAAAUUAAGACUGAAAAAUUAUCAGGACUUUUUUUUUAAUUUAAAUAAGUUCUACGAAAUGUUUCUUCUCCUACUGAAUGCAAAUUAUGUCCAUAAAUUUAACUCCUCCAUUUUGUAUAGCAUUUGUGUGGUUGCAAAGAACCUCCUGUUUUUACUCCACCUGGGGGUGUACAUUCUACACGUGAUCAAGACGUGUCUCUACUGUGUCGUCAAAUUAAUUUUAAUCAAGCCCAUUUCCAUUUCGGACAAGGCGUGGUUCUUCCUCCUUAAUUUGUACAAGUCCCUCUUCGAGAAGUUAUACCAGUACUUUAAGAGUGACCUCCUGCUUGGUGAGUACAAAGGGGAAUGCCGCGAUUUGCACACCUACGAUGAUAACUCCCUGGCAAUCCUCCUCCCCUUUAUAAACGCCUUCAACGAGACCAUCCUGGAAUACGCCAAAAUUAGAAUCAUCUCGAGGAACAAAAAGAAGGAGGAACUCAUUGCCUUUCCACUGUACGAGUCGCUCAAGCCGUUUUUCUUUGUCAACACGAAUUACCCAGAUGAGGUGGACAUAACGGAGGAAGACGAAGUGGAGGUGGAAGAUCUACCCCUGGAGGGAGCUGGAGAAGGGACGGGGUACACCACACGCAGCGGGCAGGCUACAAAUGCGCCCCAUACAGAAUGUCCGGAAAAUAGGGGAAAUCUGAAACAGCUCAACCAAACAGCUACCGAAACGACCGACGAAGCGAGUGAACAAACCACCUCUCUGAAAAAGACAUCCAUCCCUGGUGCAACAGUUCCCAAAAGGAAAAACAGCGACUCCCAGAAGGGGAACCACUACUGCUCGGACCAGCAAAGCGGGAAAGUAGACUCCGUGGCCACAUUUUAUUCCAAAAAAAAAGAAGAAAACGACGAGUUAGCCGUGUGCAUACGAAAUAAUAUCCUCUGUUGUGUACAUGUCCUAAUAAAAAUGUUUUCGCACAUCUAUAUAAACGAUUGGGACAAAAUCCUCUACUACUACAAUGAGAACAGAAAAAAAUGGAUCCCCAUAUUUUUGACCCUCACGAUGAAUGACCAGAAUCAGAAGAUCCGAACGAAUUCGAUUUUGUGCCUCAAGUACCUCUUCGACUGUAAACAACUCAAGUACUGGUUUCUGCUGAAGGAGGGGAGUUACACCAACGCUCCGCCUGGAAGCCACAUUAGCGAUCAGGUUAAUAGCCAAGUUAGCUAUCCCACCGGCAGAACGAGAUCACACGAAGAGACAUCCCCCGUAGAAUACCCACAUAACAGGACGAAUAACCUCACGAAGCAAAUUCCAAACGGAAGUACAACCAAAGAAAUAAUACAACUAAACAAGCACAAUCAAAGCGCGCCCAUAAAGGGAGACAACUACCUUCCUCCCAGUAACACCCCUUUUGGAAAAAACUCCUACAACAGUGCAGGUUAUACCAACCCGUCUUUCCCAGACAAACAGACGAAGCAGAAUAUACAAAUGGGCAAAGAACAUCAUCCAGUUCCUUUCCUUAACGAUAUAAACCACAUCAUGAAGAGAGAAGCAGAAAUUGGAACAAAUGCUCGAUCAUCACGGGGAAGCCUCGAAGGGGAGAAUCAAAUGCAGACCUACGGAGAAGUGAGACCUGAUAACCCUGUUGGUAGAAGCUCCAACUGUGGCAUUCCCAACCACAGGCAAGAAUACAGUUAUGAGCGCUACGCGAAGGAACAGUCCAACGAGAAAGCAAACUACUGUAGUGCAAGAAAAGCCGCCACUGAACAGAUCAUUGUAAAGCUACUCACACAGUUUACCAAACUUAUAACCAGAACAUACAUGGUCAACAGAGAAAGUAAUUUCUACACCCCCACGGAUAGACUAAACAUCUGCCGUUUUUUCCUUAGAGUUUCCCAAUCGGUAUUAAUACCAAAGUAUAAAAACUUACUGAAAAAUAUUUUAAAGUUUUUUUUUUUCUACUUAUUAAAAUACCUCAUAUAUUUUAACCAUGGCGAUGUUUUUCAUUUCUGCGUUAAGAAGUUACUCCACAAGGAUGGUACCUCCAAAAGGAAUCGGAAAACAGAAGGGAACACCCCCUUUGGUUAUUCACUCUUUCCAUACAUCGAACAGUUCACAGAGAGGGAAAGGAAAGCAACUCAGUUUUGCAGUUCCAACGUGGUGUGCAGUCAGACAAACAAUAAUGUGCACCUGAACCGACAUAGAAGUGAAUUUUUCCACACGAAGCAACUGAGUGAUAACGACUUCUACCCGCAUGACUACCUAGACGAGGAUGAGCGCGUGUUUAGCUCGCUUAAUAAUUACCUGAAUAACCUUAGGGACACGGAGGAGCACGAAGAGAGUGAUGUGCAGGAGGGGGAGCAGUCACCCAAUCAGAGGUGGGACCAAUCGGGGGGCGAUCCAACCUGCACUGGGAAAGGCCUCCCCAUCCACCACCAUCGCAUGACCCACCUAAGUCUAGCCGAUCAGGAGGAGAGCGCCAAAAAACCAAAACGAAAAAGUAAGGCAGAUAUGAAAAAAGAAAAAGAAGAAAGAAAAAACACAGAGAGUAAUAAUGAGGACGGAGAGGAAAACCCCCCAAAUGAUAGCAACAAAGACAUCACUGGGUAUGACAAAAGUGAGGAAAAUACUUUUGAACAGGCGGAGGAAUUAUCCCCCUCUCAUGUGCAUUCCAAUGAUAUGGAUAAAAAUGGAGCGAGUGCGAACCCCCCCGACGGGAGGACAGACAUGGAUACGACACCAGAUGCACUGCAACUGAAAAAUAAAAAAAAAGAAGAGGAAGAAGAAGGGGAAGACGAUGACGAAAAUGAUGAAGAGGAUGGUGACGAAGAAGAGGAAUCCACAAAAGGGAGCGUAUGUUCAUGCAAACCUGCAAACAUAAUCGAUUCUACAAAAAAAAUAAAAAAGGUCGGCAAAAAAAGAAACGACAACGAUCUAUCCUACCUGUACAAACACAUAGACAAAAUAAAUAAGCAACUCCUAUCGAGCGAAGAUUACGAUCUGCUGAUCAGCAUUCUCUACUCCAACGACUAUUCCAGGGGGUCCAAAUAUAUAACCACGAUAACGGUUAUUAUAAACAUAUUUUCGGUCCUGCUGUGCAAUUACAAUGAUGAGAUUUUUCGCUUCCUCUGUACCAACAUAUACGGGCAGAAUAUGAAUAGAACGUUAAAUGGUUACAAUAUUUACUGCCACCACGCUCCGCAUAAUCAGCUGUAUGACAUCUCCUUUGCACAGUUAAUCUACUUCAUGUUGAUAUUUCUUUAUAAGAUUUUUUACCAGCCCUGCACAGAUGGAAUAGAUAUUUGGCUCGAAAACGGGAACCAACUGGUGGGCGAUAAGGGGUGGAAAGAGGUUAUACCAAGGGGGGAACCCAACCCAGGGGACGCUAACCCAUUGGAAGAGACAGAACAAUGCCAAGAGAAAGAAAACAUAAAUUUGUACAACAACAGCGAUCAGGAAUACUCCCUUAGAGGGCACCCCAACAGAACGGAUCGCUCAAACGCAAACCUCAGAUCCUACCGUUACGAAAAAAAAUACGUAAACAAUUCAUACAACGACCUCUACGAUAAUUACAUCAUUUCCUACAUGCAGCAGGAAAAUAACGACACGAACCAACUUAAUAAUUUCCUGAACAGAAAUAAUUUAAUGCCCAAUUUAAUACCGUAUGAUAUUCAAAUUUUCAAGAAUAUCUUCCUAGUCUUCCAGAAGACAUUAAAGCAUUACCUGUUCUGUUAUAUGCACUGCUGGAAUGACGUCAGAACUUUGCUCGAGUAUUUCUUACAAUCGGAAAAUGUACACAUAAAAAUUAUUUCCAUUAAGAUAGUCAUAGAUAUUUUCACCUUUAUCAAUUCUUACUACGAGGUUAACUGCAGUGAAUACGAACUUCCAACAUAUAGACAAAAGGAUGAAUAUAAGAAUGACGGAAUAUUUAAUAACACUGCGUCGAGGGGGAACGUGUGGGACAACUGCAUGGGGGAACACAUGUUGAGUCCCCAGUUGGGUGGGACAGAAGAAUUACCCCCGUGUGAUCAACUGUGCAGGAAGAACCGCUCCGACGUGGGUUCAUUUAAAACUGGUUUAAGACACUCUGUGCAGAGAUCACCCUGUGGAAGUGUGCACAGCCGCAUCGCCAGUGCAAAGGGAGUCAGACAUGUAAUCCCAGAUUGGAAUACCUCAAUCGGGAACACCUCAAACUGUUUUCUGAGCCCCCCGAAGGGAUCACCCACUAGAAGCGCUUCCAAACAUACGCUUGAUCACGUGCAAAAAGAGGUCCCCCCCGAGGGAAAUACAAACGGUACGCCCGACCAGCACCAGAUCGAAGCAACCCAAAUGAGCAAGAAGAAACAAUUCGUGCAGCUCGUCGAAAGCGACAUGAUCGAACUAUUCAGGAAGUACAUUCUCAUCCACAUCCAUAACAUAAAUAAAAUACACAACGACAUCACAAACAGAAGAAGCAAACUCAAGCAUAUUUUUCUAAACACCAUUAUCUGCAUCUCCCAUUUAAGCUACACAGGAUUUAAAAUCCUAACCGUUGAUGACAUCCAACGAUUGGCAAAACUCGUCUCCUCCUGUGUCCACAGCAUUAAGUGUAACAUAAUUACCGCCCUGAGCAAAUAUAUUAUAAAGUACAUUUUUACCUUUAAUAAAAAAUUUAUCCAAAAUUAUGAAAAGAGGAUAAACUUGCUGCAUAUAAAUUCUACCAAUGUGUACUAUAAUAAUAUCCUCACCACGGCAGCGGGCGUGUCUGUGUCUACUGGGGGAGUUACCCCAGCCCACAGCGGCAUCACUCACGCCGCAAAGAAUGAAUCUUUACAAAAUGCCUUGCAAAAAAACAUCAAAAGUAACGCCCACAGCGUAGACACAUUUGAGCGAAAGUGCAAAACGAACAUGUGUACGAGUGUAACCACAGGGGGUGUUACCUCCCCACAGGUAAACGGCACACCUACAAACAUUUUCAUACAUUCAACCCAGACGAAUACGGGUUCCGAACGGGUGAGUGGAAGCUGCAAGGUAUGUCCUGUUCUUAUCGAAGAAGAGGCAAAGAUUAGCAAUAACCAUGGUAAUACCUCCCCGCAUGACGAUAAUUACACCCACCAAGGAUGGCGUGAUAAAAAAGAUUUGUUCGAAAAUGUAGCGCGCACCCCCACCCGUUCAACCAUAUACAACCCGGAGCAGGUCCCCAACCACAACAACAGUCGUAGAAGCAGCAAUAGCAACAUGGGAAGAAUGGCACGUGAAUUAAGGCAAGUGGGUACACACUCAGCGUGCACAAUAAUGGAAAAGCUGAAAGAGUCAGUUCAAUAUGAGCACUCAUCGGAUGUGACUCCCUACUCAAGGGACACCACCACUUCUGCAAAUAUAGGUGUGUUAAACGCAAUUUCCGAGAAGGAACGAAAAGCACAACCGAAGCAGCAGCAACGGAAAGAGAACCCCGUACGCUGCAUCAGUAUAGCUGACUCAACAUUUAAAUGCUCCCUGGGAAAACCCAUGCUGGAAGAACGAACAAGCAGAAUGAGCAACCCAGGGGGGAGUAACGAAGACCAGAUGACCAAAAAUAAUCCGCCCAAACUUACCUGCACUAAAAAAGAGGUAGACGGAAAAGAUACGGAGCUGUUCCCCAAUAGUUCCCUAACCAAAAUGGCGACGAAUACGAGAAAUGUCAAUAAAGACAAAAUGAGAAAAUUGUGUGGAUUGCUGAAGAGGCAGAACAGAAGGGGGGGUCCCCAGAUGGAUGCAUUGAAGAAGCAUGAGAAUCGCCAAAGAGAGAUGACCAACCAGGUGAAUGAGAUGAACACACAGCGUAAUGACAAACAGGUUUUACUCCCACCCAAUGGUGAAAUUGUGCAACCGAAAAAGAACACCGAACAGGUCACUGAGCCAGGUAGAACAAGAGACACAUGUCUAAUCAAUUCCCUCCACGUGUACGAAAAAGACCAAGGGGACGAAACCCCAUCAAACGACUCCCAAGGCAGACAAAGGAAUGACGCAUACCUACUAGAAAAGCAAAGAAACGAAAGGAAAUUGUUCGAGCUGUACUACAUAUAUAUCUACAUCAUCAUUCACAUUAUCAAAUUUUACAACGAUUCCUUUGUAGACCUAAAGUACUACACAUACAACUGCAUAUGCGAAAUAGCUAGUUCCUAUGUCCCCUUUUAUUUUACUCAAAACAGCAUCAAGACUUUUUCCUACUACAGUAACUACAACAGUGAGGAGAACAAGGACAUUAACAAGUUUAUAAGCUUCAUUAACGGAAUUCGCUUAUCCUCAGAUGUGGAUGGGUUGAAGUUAUUCCGCCUGCGGGGGGACACCGUUACGGGGGAAUUGGUCCAUUGCAACGAGCACAUACAUACCAGUGUAGCCGAUAGUUUUUUUCACAAAGGGGUAACAUGCUUCACCUCCAGCAGCAAUAACACAACGGCCAGUAGCACCUGCACGACGGGGAGAGGUGCGCCAUGCAGAGAUUUUCCAACCGACGCAGGGAGUAUCCCCACCCCCGGCAACCACCCAAAUGGCAUCACUAACCACAACGAAGAAAAACUACAUGACCAAUUCUCAAACAACAUAUACCUCAUUUCCUACAUCGAGUACAUCUACAUCCUCCUCCUAAUCAUACGAGAAAACAAAAACGUAGAGAAGGAUCGGGCCAUCUGUUGCAUAAUUAGGUAUGUAGGAUUUAUAUGCAAAAAUGUAAACUUUUUUUUAUUCAAUUCGAUCAGCUUGCUACCCUCGACGUUUCUGCUGAAGUAUUUCAUGUACCUGAAUAAUUUGGUCGAGAAGAAGGGGCUCCUCGGGGGGGGACUGUCCACAGUUGGACGUAGAUGCAGCAGAGGGUCUUCACACGGCGCUGCCAACACGGGUGUUGUGGCGAACGGGGAGGAUGCGUCCAAGGGGAAAAGGAACCUAAGCAGAAGAAGUACCGAUGCCUUAGUGACCUGCCACUUGCAGAAGAGCAACUCCGAAAUGAAGUCAACGCAAAAGUGCAAACUGUAUCACUUGUUCCUCAACGUCUACGUAAAGUAUGAAUAUAAUUUUGAAGACAACUUCUUUUCGUGCACCGAUAGCGCAGCGAAGUUGGAGGGGUCAGACGGGGAGAAGGAAAUAUCCACAAAGAUGGCCAGUUCAAAUGAGGAUCCCCCCCAAAAGGGUGAUUCCCGCGAAGGGGGUAGAAGGAAGGAGAACAAGAAGGAACAACCUUCCCAGGAGAAGCCAGAUCGGACGCAGAACAUUUCAGGGCAUGCCCCCCAGGAAGUACUAAACCCGGAGCAUCUCUUCCAGGGGUACUCCGAUCAGAGGGAGGAGAAUGUCCACACAGACCCCAUCGUCCUAGAAAUAAAGGACAUCUUCCACUCCAGCAGAGGCAAAAGUAACCCCCCAAUAAACAAAGCGAACAACAACGUCGACGCAAAAAUUAUUCUCUACCUCCUAUCCAUUGUGAAGGAUCACAUAAAGAACAAAAUCACAUGGAAUGUCCUCUACGCCUUCAAACUGAUAUACAACAAUUUCUCCUUCUUCCUGGCUCACAACUUUGCCGAGCUGCAUAGCCAAAUUCUGGACCACCUAAUAAGUACACUCAGGUACACAAAUGUAUAUAAAAUAAAGAUCCUCUCCUCUUUGGCGUUGAUCCAUAUCCCCCUAUACUACAACAUCGAUAAAGUAAAGUUGAAAGAAUUAUGGGAUACACUGGUUACUAACAUCUUCUACCUGGACCUCAUCUUCGUCAGUGAUAAAUCUAACAGUAAACAGUUCCUCUGCUACUAUGAGAAGGGAAUAAAUUACCUCACCAUAAGUAAAAAAACUGAGUACAAAUAUAAGUGCACGCUUAGAGUAAAUAUCUGCGAACUCCUCUACAUGUGUAUCUACCGAUCCUACGUCCACGCCAAUAUAAACGCAGACAUCGUAUUCCAUAACAGGAAAGUAAAUUGUUUUGAAGCCUUCAAAAAUUACACGCACAUUUUUAACAUAAAUAAUGACGUCCAUAUUUAUAACUUGACUCAUAUCUUCAACAACCACGUAACUUACUACUCCUUCUAUAAUAAUGCUGUUUCGCCGGGCAGAAAAUUACCAACCGGCACAUCCGGGGGGGCAGCCAUUCCCCCAAAUGGGACAGUUGCACGUGAUAGCAGCCAUUCGAUGGAACUACGAACAACCUCAGCUGUAAGGCUCAGACAUAGCAGAUCACACUUGGAAGAUAGGAGAAACCAAGUUGGAAGGACCCUGAAAAAGCAAGUAGAAGAAGUAGAAUUGAACCACCAUGAUACAUUCCAACUGCAACUAUUCCUGAACAACCAUUUUGAUAAGUACCAUUUUGUUUACAAAAAUUUAUUGGGCACUGGGAAGAACCCCAUUUUUCAAAUCCUCUUUCAGAAGCUCCACGAAGAAAUUAAGUUAUCCUUAAAGCGCUUCCUCGAGAAGAGGAAACUCACCAGUUUGGAAUCCCCCAGGGGGGUCACCACCUAA